GGCUGCGACUUUCUCUCAGCCUCUUUGAAGAAGCGAUGCGGAGAAGGGAGCCGUCGCCCUGCUGAUACCUGCGCGUCUGGGAUGCAGUAACGCCCGUUUGUUUCUGGUGGGAUCAAACACACAUUGCGGAUUUGUCAAAUCCAUCAAUCGGAUGAUAGCAGAGCCAGGCCCAACUUAAGAAUGGGCCCCAUACCCCUGUGUGUCCUGCUCCCAGUGAUGGUACUGGCUGUGGCGGUGGCUGUAGCUGCUGAGGAGAACACAGUUGAUGAUGAGUAUACCUGGCCUCAGUGGAAGGUGCCUCUAGUAAGGAAAAGACGUACUGUGCCUCUCAGCAGCCCCAACUUCUCAGCCCAUCCACAACUGGAGCUAAGUGGGACCUGUGGGAUCGAGUGUCAGCGUCAACUCCCUACACCUUCUCUGGAUGACCUUGAGCAGUUUUUGUCCUAUGAGACGGUCUAUGAGAAUGGUACACGCACGUAUACUUCAGUUUCUGUGCAAGGUCUCAAUGAGGUGACAGCCUGGACCAGAAAUGUCUCGUCUAGCUCCCGCCACAAACGGGAGGUGUAUGGCACAGACACCCGCUUCACCAUCUCUGAUAAGCAGUUCUCUACCAAAUAUCCCUUCUCCUCCUCUGUGAAGAUCUCCACAGGAUGUUCUGGGGUCCUGGUAUCACCUAAACAUGUGCUGACAGCUGCCCACUGCAUCCAUGAUGGGAAGGAUUAUUUAAAUGGAGCGCAGAAACUACGUGUUGGUAUUCUAAAGGAGAAGUCCAGACGAGGGAAAGGAGGCAAAGGGAGAGGAGGGCAAGGAAAGGGCAAAAGGAGAAAGGGAGACAAAGAUAAAGAAGAAGUCCAGGAAAAGGAAGAGAAUGAUGGGAAAGGGGACCGUAAAGGAAAAGGGAAAGGUAGGAAGAGCCGGAGUCGGCGAAGUGUGGAAUCAGAGAAACCUUCAUUUAGGUGGACCAGGGUCAAGAAGACCCAGAUCCCUAAGGGUUGGUUCAAAGGUGUGUCUGAUGGACUGGCUGCAGAUUAUGACUACGCUGUGCUGGAGCUGAAGAAAGCCCCAAAAGUCAAGCACAUGGAUCUGGGUGUUAUCCCCUCAGUCAAGAAACUUCCUGCUGGGAGGAUCCACUUCUCUGGCUUUGAUGAUGACCGGCCUGGCAACCUGGUCUACCGGUUCUGUUCUGUAUCUGAGGAAUCCAAUGAUUUACUUUAUCAAUACUGCGAUGCCAAACCUGGCUCCAGUGGCUCUGGGGUCUACAUCCGCCUCAAAGAGCAUGGCAAGAAGAAGUGGAAGAGGAAGAUUGUUGGGGUAUUUUCUGGUCACCAGUGGGUGGAUGUAAACGGGAACGGGAUGCAACAGGAUUACAACGUGGCAGUGAGGAUAACCCCCCUCAAAUAUGCUCAGAUCUGCUACUGGGUCAACGGGGACUCAAGUGAGUGCCAGGUAUCCUAAGACAACACAGAAUUCCCUCUUAACCACCAGUCUGUUUCUAUCCCUCAGAAAACCUCUAUACAUGGGACAUCUUACCUAUUUUAACCCCCCAACCUCCUAUCCCCAACCAGGGGCCCAAUGACUGCCUCUCCUAAUCCUGCCUUCCUGUUACCUCCUGCACCUCCCAGCAACUCCUCCUCCACUGAUUUACACCCAUCCACAGACACACACACACACACAAACACACACACACACACACAUGCACACAUACACACACACACACAGCCAUGCAGACUCAGUGUUGACAACCAUAGGAGCUUGUCAACUCAUCGAGAGAACUAUGGCUUUUCAGCUUUUCUAAUUUAUUUGCUAAAAAAACAACUAAGAAAAAAAUAUGUAUUGUAUGUAUUUACAGAUCAGUCAGAUCUGCAGUUCUCUUUCUAUUUUGGCUCUUUUUAAAAACAUUGACCUUUUUGGAUACAGUUUUGGAAAGUGUGUAUAUUCAAAUGUUUGUGAGAGAAAUCCUGGUACAUUCGGUUUAUAUCCCAACUAGCCUUUGUAUGGAGAGACUUGCAUUUUCAAGUGUUCUCCACCACUGUAAAGAAGAUUGCGUGCAUUGGCUUUGACAAAAGACCCAGGAAAAAUAAAUGUUAACUUUUGUUUUACAAAUGAACUAUAUAGAGAUAUUGAGAUUACCGUUUUUAUAAACAACUUAAUGUAAUGAGCUGGUGUUUUGCAUUGUGUAUAUCUAGAACUUUGAGUUUGUUUUUUACAGCUACCUUUUUAAAUAAGACAGUUUUUCUGUCAAAAUAGAGAAAGGGUCCUUAUGGAUCCUGGACAGAUUUUUCUGAUUUGUGAGUCUCGCCAUCUUUUCUCUGUCCUUGCAACGCAGUGAAAUGUGGUUUCAUUGUUGUGCACAUAAUUAUAUCGGUGCUUAUUCAGAAGACGUGGUGCUAAUUUAUGGAAUUGUGAACUUUUUUUGAGGGAGGGGACCUUAUCAGAAUAUAUUUGGAUGGCCUAGUAUUGUAAGUGCGUAUUUAAUGUGAUAUACAUAUUUGGGAUUUGUUAAGAUGGACUGAACCAUUUAACAAUUUAUACGAGCUGUUUAGAAUUCUGUAAUUCUAAGGGUUAAAUAAGAUUACAAAGCAAUAUUGUUAUAAAAUAACAAAUUUAAAUCUGGGAUGUGAUAUUUUCGACUUAUCAUGGAGCUUAUGUUCCAAAAAUUCCUACAAGUAUCCUUUUGAAAACCAAGUACCUGAAAUAAAUCUGAAAUGAAUGAUGCAGAUUGAAUACUACCAACCAUUAAACCAAGAUUUCUACUUGUGUGUGUGUUUGUGAUUAUCCUGAUUACAUUAAAUCAUUUCUAUGACUAUAUACUGGUUUUUGGGUAAAAAUCGUUAUGAGACCACUGUCAGGAAUGUUUACUGUACUAUGUAUUACUACUGUAACUGCUGAACUUACUAACUCAAUAACAUUAGUUAUUAUGUGUCACCACAAGUCACACCACCUAAAACUACGCCUAAUUAUUCUGUGAGUGGACCCCAAUGAAAAAGUUUGCUUUGGGGCCUCUUUUGACGCCCUCAGUCUCCAGGCCGCUAUGCAUGUACUGUAUAUGUACCCUGUUGUCCCAAUGUUUCCAUUAAA